CCCGUUGACGGCAGCCGACCGACCGACCGACCGACACUACCACCAGUUCGUUUACUGCGACCGAGUGGACGUCUAUUCCGUGUGCGCGCAGAUGUCGUCCCGUUGUUCCGCUGCGCUCGUCCGGUGCGGCCUGGCUUGAGCACAUUGAUUGUAUUCGAUUGUUUUCAGGUCCGACCGACACACGCGUGUUCGUAAUCGACGAACGGUUUUCGCGUUUUUAUUACCUGCUGUCAAUCGCUGUGUGGUAAAAGAGAAAAAUCGCCUUCCGGUCGUUGAAUGCGGUCAACCGCAGACGACCGCAAGAAUUCGAUCUCUCGAACGCAGCAGCAACAACAACAGCCAUUGCAUAGUUCCGUCCACGCCGCCGCCGUGUCUCGCGUUCGCAGAAAAACCGUAAAUAAAAAUAGAGUUGGUAAUUUUCUUGCAGACGCGUGUCGUUUCCAUGUGCAAUAUUUAAUAGCACCGCGGACAUAAGAAUACAUUGCAGUUGUAGUGUGUUAUUCGUUUUUUUAUCCUGCCCAGCGUUUUUCAUAACCAGUGUUUCUCGGUUCUCAGUGCGUUUCCUGUAGUGUUGAGUGCGUGUUUUUUUCCAGUUUUGAGAUUAUCGUUACACACCUGCUGUCUCUCAUCAGCGCCGGAUGACCGUCAAAUGUGCAGAUAAUUGAAUCACAAUGAUUGUGCUUCCGGUAUUUGGGCUACUAAUAACUGUUGCAGUCCAAAGGAUACAUGGUGAAUGCCAAUUUCCUGACCAAUGGUCCGGUCGAUGGUUCCAAUCUGGCGUGAACCAUUACAUCAACAUAAAUUCGACUAGUAUUACGACUAAAGGAGAGUGCGUGCAAAACGUCAGCGACAAGUUUCUAAUCGAAGACAGGGAUGAAGACUGCAGAAGAUGCUUGGUGAUAACAGAAAAACAUCAGAACGUAAUACAGUACAAAGAAAACGCAAUAUGUGAAAAACGCAGUCUUGACGACCUGUGUGGUGAAAUAACUAGCGAUGCUCCACUCUACUCAAUGUUUAGAGUAGAUGCCACUCCAAUUCCAUGUCCAUUUGAUGGACUACAAGCACCGUUCCAUUUUUCCUAUAGUCGAGGUGGUUAUACUGAAUGCAAAUCACCUGUUUCAAAAGCUGAUUCGUGUACAUCAGACUCAAGGUUGAUGCUCAAGUUUCAAGCUUGUCCGGACGUCCUUAACACGGAGAGCACAGUCGAAGAACUAUUGUGUUUGGCCACGUGGAAGGACGGAUCGACCAAAUACAUGAUCGGUAAGCUGGAACACACACCUACGUCGUCUGACGAAGACAAGUAUCGAUGCUUUGUCGUGGGCAAAUCGAACGGUGGUUCGUUUGAAAUGGCCCAGUCCGGUGAUGCGACGUGUAAUGGUAUGUCAUCUCCCACUGACGGGUCCAGAACGAUGAAGUUCAAUAGAGUGGAGAACCACCAUCAUCACGGCGUUGGUAACGGUUGUCGAUAUCCGUCAUGGUUGACCGAACACCACACCUGGCACUCGUUGAACCACGGUCACGUUUACCAUUUCUCGCCGAGGAACGGCACAUUGCGGAAGAGCAUCCCGGGGGCCGGACCCGAUCACGAUAUCCGCGCUGCGUGUUACAGGGUACUCAAUAACACCGACAACAAGGCAACAAUUGUCACGCACUACACUAUAGGGUGCCAAAGCGGAUAUGCAUGCAUGAGGUUUUAUCGUCGUGACAACCAAGUUGUUGAGGUCCAAGAGAGUGAAAAUCCUAUGGAAAACUCAGACGACGCUUGUCGGCCAGACAACUUCCACUCACAGCUGUUGACGUACAGCACGUUAGUGCCUCCUUCGCCAAAAGGUCGUGAUUGUCCGUUCGCGGGCCGAUACGAGAUCAGCGGCGGCCUGAACGCCGAAGACGUGGGCAAAGCGCUAGCCGCCAGUCGUCCCGGCAGCGAGAACAAUCCGGACAAACCGACGCCAUGCAACCCGCCCGGCAAACAGUACCUGACGGUCGGAUGUAAUUCGCCCGACACCAUGGAGUUCCAGUCCGAGUGCGGCACCAAGACAGUCGCCGCGUACACUUGUUACGGACACUGGAAGAACGAAGUCACCGACGUGAACUACGUGAUAUCCACGCCGCAGGGACGGUCAGCGCCCAAUUCCAGACGAUAUUGUUUCAUCAUGUCGCAGGUGAACGGAAUGGCCCAGCAAACGCUACACAUCGCCUCGGUCAUGGAGUCGUGCCAUCCGCACCCGUUGGGCCGGUUGCACUGGGCCUUCAACAUAACGCACCAAGGUCUGUGCAGUUCGGAAUCGAGCAGCGUGACCUUAACCAGCAUACCACUCCUAGUCCUGUUGGCCGCCUUACUGGUCGCCGUAGUCAAUCGUCGGUGAUCGUCGUCGUUCACAGUCACGUCGACCGACCGUUUGGAGGAGGCUCACGCCAAAAUAUGACGAUGACAACGACCACGUUGCCGAAGAAAAAAUAAUUUACCGAGCGGUCCCUCUCCCCCCCCCCCAAAUUGUAUACCCCAGUGUAUAAUUAUUAUCA